GUCAUCCCACAGACACUCCUAGGAAAACAAGCCAGCCUUCUUGGGAACAGAACCACAGAGCAUAGCAGUACACAUUCUCUCAUCUCUCCCUCGAUGCCUAUCUCUGAUCUCAGGAUGUGGACUCUACUGCUUGGGGUUAUUUUCGGACUUCUGGCACCUGUUCAGUCCGACCCUGUUCCUGCCUCGACAGAACCUCCCGCUCUGGCUGCUGGGGAUUCUCUUGGGGAAAUGUUCAAGAUCUUCAAGAAGCUUGUAGUGGGUCCCCCGGAUGCCACCAAUGGAACAUCCAGCAGUGAUGAAACAGUGGACCUAGAUCAUUUGGUGACCCCUGACCCUGUGACAUCUGACCCGGAAGACCAGCUGCCCACCUUUGACCCAGAGGAGGGUAGCACAGAUGAGACAGAGGGCAGCACUACAGAGGGCAGCACUACAGAGGGCAGUAUGAAACACCCCACUUCAGGACAAGACAAUGAAGGGGACCUGUUUGACGCCAACCUUAAACCUAGCUUUAACCUCCGCCCCAGUCCAACUCCUCGCCCCAGUCCAACUCCUCGCCCCAGUCAAAGCGACACAGAGGACAAUUAUGAAAAGUACAACUAUGAUUCCAGUCCAAGUGAUAGACCUGAUUCACCAGAGGAAGAGGAAAUGAUCCUGGAUACCGAAAGCCCCACAGCAGAGUUUGUCCCCACAGCAGAGGUUGUCCCCACAGCAGAGUUUGUCUCCACAGCAGAGGUUGUCCCCAAUGCAGAUUUUUUCCCCACAGCAGAGUUUGUCCCCACAGCAGAGUUUGAACCCACCACUGAUUUUCCGAUGGAUUUGGAAGAUGUUAACACAAUCCUUGACGCCAACCCCAGCCCCAGUCCUUAUCCAACUCAUGACGCUAACCCCAGCACCAGUCCUUAUCCAACUCAUGAUGCUAGCACCACAACAGAGCUAGAGGAGUUGGAGGACGAUAUAUUCAGACCAAAGUUUGUCGCCAGCCCUAGUCGUGUACCGGAUCCCAGUCCCAGCCCUAGUCGUGUACCGGAUCCCAGUCCCAGCCAUAGUCGUGUACCGGAUCCCAGUCCCAGCCAUAGUCCCAUCUCAGAGUUUGAAGAAGAAGACCUGUUACCUCUUAGCCUUGAUCCAAGCUUUAGUAGCACCUCCAGACCUAGCCAAAGUUCGGGGACCAGCCAUACACCUAGUUCUAACCUAACCAGUAUGACAGGCUUGGAGGAAGGCGGGGCUGCAAAGAUGAAUACAGAGCUGGCCUUCACCUCAACCACCAGUUCUGUCGCACCUACAACAGUCAGGAUGAAUUCAGACAUCGAAGGGUCAGGGUCGGGAUUCCUGCCUCAGAGUAGCACCACAGUAGCAGCCCCUGCUGGCGAGGAGGACCAAACAUACAACUCCCUAGUCGAUAAGCCAUUCAUUGAAACAAAGACAAGAAUUCAAGGCAGCAAUAGGCUUGCUCUACCAAGGGAGGAACCGGCAGUGGAUACCUCUACAGUUCUUCAUGAUGCAGCUGCUGUAAAACCAACCCCAUCCAGACAACAUGAUUCAUAUACAUCGGGUUGGUUGAUCAUCGUUGCCUUCGUCGCGGGCGUGGCGGUCUUGGUCGUAAUCUGUGUCGCCAUAGGUACCAGAGACAGGUGGAAUGCACCAGCCCAGGCAUCUGAGAAGAAGGUCGCCAACGCGAGCUCAGGAGAUGAGAAGGCGGAGCGUGAAAUGGAGAGGUUUCUGUCUAAAGAGAGGCCAAGGGAAAACAUCCACGCUGCAGAGUACACUGUUAUACUUCUGGAGGACCUCCCAGAGAAAGAGCCUCUGGACUGAGAAGGGCCAAGGAGAUGAAGAACGGGGACAAAAUAAGAACAACGGACACCUGAGAAAUAGAAUGGAACGGGUCUCCCCAUUCUAGUCAAUGGUGACAUAGUGGGUGGCAUAGUGGGUGGCAUAGUGGGUGGCAUAGUGGGUGGCAUAAUGGGUGGACCCCCCCAUUCUUGACACACACAGGAAACUGUUGAGUGUGACAAACCCAGCAGCGUUGUAGUUCUUGACACAAACGGGUGCACCUGGCACCUACCCUGUUCAAAGGCACUUAAAUAUUUUGUCUUUGUCUUCACCCUCUGAAUGGCUCACAUACACAAUCCAUGUCUCAAUUGUCUCAAAGCACAAUCCAGUCUCCUCCCCUUCUUCUACACUGAUUGAAGAGAAUUUAACCAGUGACAUCAAUAAGGGAUCAUGGCUUUCACCUGGAUUCACCUGGUCACUCUAUGUCAUGGAAAGAUUUCUCACAGCAGGGAAAGAAUCCUGCAGCAACUGGAAAUGUGAAUGAUUGUGUGGUUUAUAAUUAAUGGUAAUUUUUGUAGGGGUUGAUAAUGCAUUUUUGUACUUACGGCAAAUCAAGUCUGACAUUUUUAAGCGGAAAUUACAAACUUUAGAACUCUUUUUAAACUUUGAAUAACUACCAGUUUGCAUUUCCUACCUUGCAGGAAAUUUGCUGCAACAACCGGGUGAUCAAAUUAAGACCCUACAUUUGUAGCUAGUGAUUCCUGAUUCUAUGACUAUGAAUGGAGACAUUCUAGAAUGUAUGUGGGACACGUCUGUGGCGUGUGAGUUUGAACUGUCCCUUUGACCUUUGGUAGCCCAGAUAAGUCAGAUUGAUAAACACCUGUUCCGAUGGGCCAUGGAUGAACACGCUGCUAUAUCUCUGUUGACAUUAUGUAUAUUAUCAAAGUUACAAACACUGUCAGAACCAUUGAUAGAAAAAAAGAAAACAAGGUCAUACUGAAUUUCUAAUUCUCACUCACUGACCAGUGUUGUUGUUGUUGUUAUUGUUGGUGUUGUUGUUAUUGUUGUUGUUGUUGUUAUUUUUGUUUUGAUAUUGCACUAUUUUUUAUCAACAAAUCUUAUUUGUGUACAUGUUUUUGAUCAUCCUGUAAAAGAAAAUACAGAAUCCAUACAGAAUAUAAAAGAAUGUCUUUCUAGAUGUUAGUGACACAUACACUCAGGGACUCACACAUACACUCAGGGACUCACAUAAGUGCUACACAGCCACAAUAGGUCAAGUAUAGCAGAAAGACUGAAUACCAACCUACUUAGAGCCCUGCUUUUCACUACAUUUCCCCUGGGUGUAAAAUCCUGCUGACUGUGGCAUUACGUAUUGUUCAGAUGAAUGCCGGUAUAUGAGUCAUAGUAAGUAUAAUAUACUUUAUACUUCAUAUGUAUUCGUUUUAAACACUCAGUGUUCUUCUCGUGUUAGACAGUUGUAUGAUGCUCAGUGCAUAGCUACUGCUGCAGUAUAAUGGAUGCAUUUUUAAACCAUUACAACACUUCAUUAGUCAGCUACACCAAAUGGUUCCCAAUUGUAGUUUCUCCCUUCUAUUUCCACGUCUGUUCUUAUAAAGUGUACUGCAGAUCAUUUUAAACUAUGAACUAACUACAACUACUGGGGUUUAAAUACAACAACUACUACCA